GUACAUGAUGCAGCAAAAUAGGUAAUGAACUUUGGAACGAAUAAAAGGCAAAAUGCCUUUAUAUUCAUGGACGGUCAUUGGGGUCAUUGCCUCACACGAAACCAGAUUUUACACGACGUAAAGGCAACCACAAGACCCGAAGAAGAACUUCACAAGAUAAAAUAAUAUCAAUGCAAAUGUACUGCAAUAUAUCCGAUAUGCGUCUUUGGCUGGCAGUGAUUCUUGUCGGCAAUCUGAUGAUUGAAUACGUGACUGCUCAGGCACCCAUACCCGACCGACCACCAGGCUUCAUAUACAAACCCUCCCCUGAGAAUGCGGCGGCUCCCGUCAUACUGGAGGCAUGGGUAGACCUUGUCUGCCCCGAUUCUAAGGAUGCUUGGCUUACCUAUCAGAAGGUGGCGGAUUUCUAUGGACCGAGGAAGCUCAGGUUCUCUGCUCUUCUGUUCCCGCUUCCUUAUCACCGGGCUGCCAUGAUGGCUGCACAGGCCGCAUUUGUCGCCGAUGAACUUAACCCAGAGAGGACAUAUCCAUUUUUCGAUAAUGCCUUCUCAAAGCAACCAGCCCUUUCAGACGAUUCUAUCUUCAACCGUACACAGACAUAUGUUGUAGAGACACUAGCAGCAUGGGCUGGAGAAGUUGGGUAUGACCGAACAGAAUUUGCUUCUCGUCUCGCGCGGUCUGAUGCGACCCAAUGGUUGGCAAGAGUCCAGUUCAAGUAUGGUGGAACUCGUGGAGUGUUCGGGACACCCCAGACAUACGUGAAUGGUGCCUUAGUAUAUUCCGAUCCAAAAUGGACCUUAGAUGACUGGCGAAACAUUAUUGAUCCCCUUCUGUCAAGAAACAGCAGGGCAAGACGUUACUCAGACGGAAACCAAGGCUAUCUCGGAUAAAAAAGAGCCAGUGUCCUAUCGAGCAGGGUUCCCUUGGUUAUCUCAACAACGCGUGGUUUCUUCCCGUUUCCAGAGAGACAUGAGAAUUACACCUUGGUCACAUUUGCUCUACGGCGGCCUUACGGCGAGUCGAAAACAACCGUUUUAUUAAUUUUAUUCAAACCAC